CCUUUAGAGGCGUUGCAUGUUCAAAUUGAUGUGCAGAAACGUGUUUGUCAUAGUGAAAGUUAAAAGGCAGCACUGAGCAGAAUUAGCCUCGGAAUUAACAAAGAUCUAAUCAGCGAAGACUCCUGCUCAAUCUCUCUACAGUGAUAUCUCCAGUAGAUACGGACCGGGUAUUUCUACAUACGAGGGAAGCAAAGGAUCCAAAACUUAAAUCUAGGCUCAAGAGCUGAAAAUAUGGCGAAGAGAAGCGCCGUGGAACAGAUAGUCAUCGAGGAAAAGACCGUCUCUGAUGCCAUAGCAAAACUUAUAGGAGCUAGGGAGAAAGCGUCUGCUUGGCAUCUCAAGUGGGCCAAAUUCGAAGAGUGCGAAUUUCUAAUCUUCUUGUUUGGUAAGCUAGCUGAGCUGAGGUGGAUAUGGAACGAAGCCUACAAGUCGUUCUUUGAAAAGCAUCAGAAUGAUUACCUAAAGACCUUCAAAGACAUCUAUUAUGAGGAGAGGAUCAUUGAGGACACAAAGAAAGCUCUACAGAAUUGUGAAGCAACUGUGAAUAAAAUAAGAAAACAAGUUGAAUCUGCUCAAAAGAAAGGUGACAGUGUGAAAAAGAACAGCUUAGAUCAAGAGUUGGAUUCACAACUGGGAAUGAGGGAUCACUUGAAAAAGAAGAUUGAGGGACAUGACGAGAAGAUGAAGCAAUACAAAAUUGAGCAGAUUCAAAAGGGACUAUUGGCUCAGGCUCAAGCUGGUCUCCAGCUGGCUGAUCAAAUGAGACACUUGUUCAUAGCCCAACUGAGGAUUGCUGACAUACUCGGAACAACCUCCCCUGCUUCUAACAACUCUGCAACAUGGCAGAAGAUCACACAAGUCCUCAUUGGAUUAUCUGACACUCUUGGACUCUAUCCUCCUCCUUCCGGUUCUGUUGAUCCUCUUCCUUCUCCCUCAGAGUCUCCUCAUCAAGGAAAGAAAUCAACUACCGAUUCGCCUUUCUCUAUCACUUCUCCAGCUUUCUCUUCAUCCUCUUCUGGUAAUCAUACUCCGACAAGUCGUCGCUCUUUCCCGUUUUCUUUCCGUCCCCUCCCGACCGAGCCUCCUCCUCCUCCUCCCCCUCACUCCUCUCACUCUCACUCUCACUCUCACUCUCAUGAAUCGGAUCAUUCUCUGACACCUCAAGGUCCGUCUCCAAGCCACGCCCUCAAGCACUCCUCUCCUCAUCCAGGAAACAACUUCCGCUCUAGAGCAUUCACACGUAGUGCCUCUGACAUGACACCAUCUCGUGUUAAUAAACUUGGUACUUCGUCUACUUCAAAUUCACAACCACCACUAGGAGGAGGAGUUUCAGCGUUCCCUCAUAAAGCCAGUAUCACUAUAUUUGAGGAGCACCAGCAACUUAUGGGAGGAGGAGGAGGAGGAGGAGGAGAAUAUCAUCAUCAUCCUAUUGAUAGAACACGCUCCAGGUCACUUGGUUACCCUCACAGUAUAACCACAUCUUCCUCUGCCUCUUCUUCACCUUACCAUACAGCCUCCUCCUCUCCCUAUCAUCACAAUACAAAUCCUAAUGUGCUCUACGAUACUGAAGAACCUCCUUCAAUAUUGAAUCCGUCCAGCGGAGGCGAGAGUAAAGGUUCUUCCCAAGAGUUGGAUAGUAUGCAUGGAUCUGAGUCUGACUCAGGAUAUGCUGACCCAAUCGAUGCCUUGCAGCAAUACUAUAACUCAAGGCCCCAGGCUAAAAGCCAGGCGCCAGUAGAGCCUUCCUAUCAGAGCCUGGCAGAGAUACAGAGGCUCCGAAUGGCUGCCGUUAAAUUGAACAUGAUUGAGGAUAACGAGGACCCGACCUACUCACGUCCUUUUGAUUGCUUGAGGGGACUACCAGAGCCAGUCAGGGUCUCUGGAGGAGGGGAGACCGGUACGCUGGGACGCCGUAACUACAGGCGCCAAUACGUUCCAAUAGCAACCCCUGAAUCACAGGCAUCCAGGCAUGUCAUAUCACGCGGUAGCUCGGACGAAGCUAUUAGCACAUCAUCAGAAUCACCGGAGCCUAGUCAAACUGAUGAGGUACAUCCUUUAAGACGGAGUGACAGAACCGGAUCACUUGACAGGCUACUGGAGUCGCCCGAAGCUCCUAAAGUCCUUGUUAAAGUGAAAGAUGAUUUUGUGACAAUGAGGCCGCGGGUUAACUCUGACGGUAACAUACUAACGAGGAACAAGAACCGCUCCUGUAGACCUGAUGUCCUCUCGCCACUUGCCCUUACCUCUAGCACUGCCAGCGAACAGGACCAGACUCCGCCUUCAUCACCACAUCACUCACCCCUUCAUGUACCUGUUGAAGUGACAAAGCUACAAAACGGGUUUGCUAAACUGGUUAAUCAUAAUUACUCGUCUUCGCAAGUACAAUAACGUAGAACUGUGAUGUGUCUUGUUAUUAUUAUCGUUGUUAUUAGUAGUAGACUUUAGUUUCACUCUCAGCCUGUUAUAGUAUUACUGUGACCUUAUAAUCACUAUUAUUAUUAUUAUUAUUAUUAUUAUUAUUAUUAUUAUUAUUAUUAUUAUUAUUAUUAUUUUCGAGUUGUGAUAUUUUCCAUUAAAUUAUUAUCAUGUUUUCAAAAUUGUUAUUGUUUUUUUGUUGGCUCAAAAAUUAAGUGAUUUCUUUCCCUCUGUUGUCUCUGUUUCCAUUUUCAAUUUCAAUAUUGAUAAUAUCUAUACAAGUAUCGCUAAUAAUUCUUGUCAUUGUUAUAUUGUGUUCACUAACUUGUCUAUAUUGUGCUCUUAUUUGUUUUAAUUUCUCCAUAUAAUCUUUUAACUCAA